GUUGCGUGAAGUGUCUUGCCCAAGGACACAACAGCAGGAUACCCCUGGCGGGAGCAGAGGAGUACGAACGCCUAUGUGUGGACAUCUUAGGAAUCCCCCCAUCUCCAGAAACCAACAUGCCAGCCACCUUCGGACAUCUGGCAGGCGGCUAUGACGCGCAGUACUACGGCUACUUGUGGAGCGAAGUCUUCUCCAUGGACAUGUUCUACGCCCGCUUCAAACAGGAGGGCAUCAUGAACCCCCGGGUGAGCUCUGACACACCACACCUUCAGCCAGCUGCAGCAGGAAUGUCCCUUCACAAUAAAAUGGAGUCUAAUCAUAACAUCAGAGGUUUGGUUUAGAUGUGUCUGAAAAAUAAAAUCACCGGAGCCAAUUUCUAGUUUUAGUUUCCUAACAAAACCCAGGUCUGCAGAAAUGUUGAGGCCUCUGCUGGUCACUCAUCAGUCACCACAAUCGCUGCCAGUGAUCAGGGUCCCUAUAGAAGCUGUUUGUUUCUCUCUU